CAACAACAACAUAGAGCGUGAAACAAGUGCCCAAAACAUAGAACUAAAUCUUCAAGGUGAAAAACUACCAUCCUUGAUGCCAGUGAAUGUUGAACAAUUAAAGAAUUUGCAGCUAAAUACUUGGAUCAACUUCCAAGGAUGACCUCCAUAGUUCAUCAGAAAAACGGAACAGAUAUAAAUAAUUCAAUAUCUUCAUCAACAUUAAGUUCUAACUCUAACAUGAUAUUUUUCAAGUCUGAAUUUUGUGAGCAGUCGGACAACACCGCUCUACCCAACAAUCCAGUACAAGACUGUUUGACUGAUAAACCUUCACUAACUAUUUCUAUUAGUAAUGUAGUCACCAACUUCAGUGUAAAAUCGCACUUAAACCUACGAUACUUAGCACUAAACGGUUGCAAUAUAGAAUAUAGACGUGAAAAUGGUAUGCUUACAAUGAAACUACGUAAGCCAAAUGCAACAGCUACAAUUUGGUCAAGUGGAAAAAUUGCUUGUACAGGAUCCACGACUGAAACUCAAGCUAAAAUUGCCUCAAGGCGUAUUGCUAGAAUUAUUCAAAGGCUUGGAUACCAUGGUGCAAAGUUCAGCAGUUACAGAAUUGUUAAUGUUCUUGGAUCUUGUACACUGCCGUUUCCGAUCAAGGUUAUACAGUUUUCGGAAAAAUAUAAAACAAUCGCUCAAUAUGAACCUGAGUUACAUCCAGGUGUCACCUUUAAGAUCAAAGACUUAAAAGCUACAUUAAAAAUUUUUUCUACGGGUAGUAUUACAGUAACUGCUCCAAGUGUACAAAACGUUCAUAAAGCAAUCGAGCAAAUUUAUCCAAUGGUGCUACCCUUUCGUCGAGAUAAAACAGCUGAGGAUGAAAGAGUUAUUCGUAAGUUAAUUGCAAAAAAACGAAAUUACUCGCAAAUUGAUAAUUUAUCCAUGUUUCAAUUGGACAACAGUGUAAUGAAACGAACUUGCGAUGGUAUAUCUAUUAAGAAAGAAGAAGUUCAUAAAAGCUUAGAAAACAAUAUCAUUAUUAAAGAGGAAUUUGAAAAUGAUCUCUGAAAAUUAUUUCAUUUACCCAACUAAAGGACUACAUUUAUAACAGAUAAACUGCAGUUUUAUUACAUUUAUAUAUUCAGAUACUAAUAAAUUAUAAAGGAACCGAAAUUGUUUUAAAUAAUUAUUACAAAGAAUGUACAAAAUUAAUUUUAUAGUAUGCAUUUUACUU